CUCGCGUGUGAUACCAUUGACAACUUCGCGCACUCCAAGCCGGCUGCCGCUGCACAUAUCGGAUCGUUGGUUGACGCAGAUGUUCACUCGGAAGCGAAAGGCGCCGGGAGCAACGAGACCACCGUAACUCCGUUCGACUUCAAGACACAGGUGGAACAGUACAUCACCUACGACAAAGGACGUCGAGUUAUCCCGCAAAGUCUGCGAAAAGGGGACGAGUGGACUUUCUUCACCGUUUUCUUCGGCUUGUGGGAUCUUUUGGAGUACUCUACACUGGAAAAGGCUGCCGCCAUGUCUGCUGUGGACAAGAGCAUUGCAUCGCUGUUUCUGAAUCUUGAUGUACUCGCCGAACAUACUGCAAAUCCGCCGAAAGUCGUCAUGCCGAAGAUGAUCGACGCUAGCUUCCUACCUCAGUUCCAGCUGCAGAAGAAAGCGAUGCGGGAAGCCGACUUUGCGGUGACUCAGCACCGAAUGGUGUUUUUGUGGGCAUAUUGGGAUACUGUUUUGGUUCGGACUGCAUCCCAGUGGAACAAAGGUGCUAUCUACAUGCCUGGGCCGCAUGAUUUGAUCAUGGAGGAAGUUCGCGCCAAACAGCUAUACUCGAAACAGAUCUCAGAUGCAGCUGGUGUCGGUAAACAAGCCCCUCUUUUCGAACAGAUUGAACAACCAUGUCUCGUGCCGCAACGAAGUGGUGCAAUGGAUCUACAAACAUCCGACGUGCAGAAGUGCUCCGUUCCAGCCGCACACUUAUUCUGGGAUACCGUCCAACUCAGCGGUCCUGCCCAUGAGCUAAUCGGAAAGCAAGCCGCUAGCCUCGUACGGGGAAACCAAACUGUCAAUGAGCGUGAGAUGCAAAGCUCCGACAACAACGAAAAACCUAAGGAACAAGAGGGACAGAACUUCAACCUAAAAUUCCCUCCAGGUUUCUAUGACGGUUCUCCAGUGUCUCCAAUGGACGAUGCAAAGCCUUUGAGAAGUCUGCGUAAGAGCAGUCGAAUUCAUGAGACGCGGUCUGCUCCUACUUCUAACCCUACUGCUGAGGGAAGCAACAAAGAAGAGCAGCCGAUAUCCCCUGCUUCGUCUUCGCCUCGGACUACGAGAAAAAGAAUCGCCACACUUAUUGAGGUUCAUGAGAAAGAAGACUGCAACAGUCCGAUCGACGAUAUGCCUCCUCCAAGCGCUACUUCUGCAACUGCAGUAGGGUCUCCAGACUUUUCGGGUCACGUAUGUCUUUGCCAACCGGAGCCAAAAAUACCACGGCCACGAAAUGCAUUCAUCCUCUAUCGACAGCAUCACCAGCAGGCCAUUACCGCUCGCAAUCCUGAUCUCAACAAUCCCGACAUUUCCAAGAUCAUCGGUGAACAAUGGAAAGCUGAAGGUGAAGAGCAGAAGAAGGUUUGGCAAGAUCUUGCGCAGGAAGAGAAAGCUAGGCAUCAGGAGCAGUACCCUGACUACCGCUACCAACCGCGUCGUGUUGGCAAGCCGGGAUCAUCUCCGUUGAACCCUACUGGUCAGCAUACUAUAGUCGACAAGUAUCGCUGCCACAAAUGUGGUGGUCGCAGUCUCAGAACACCCGCCAGUCCUUUUCUCGAUGCCUCUGGCACACCAACUCUGCCGCCUCCCAAUAUAUCGGAAGGUCUCACACCAACAACCCGCUAUUUACCUGUGGUGGGUAACCUCAGCAUACAAUCACCAGUUAUGCGCCGCCCCAGCAACCUUCAAGUAACUUCAGCGAUGCAUACGGACUCGAUAACGUACAGCCCUUUAACACCGAACAAGAAGCGUCGUUUCGACUAUGGACCGCCUCCGCCAACGAGUAACGGUCGCAGAGCGGAAGGACCGUACUAUGCCCCAACUCAGUAUGCUCACCGACGUGAGUCUUUACCGCCUAUUCAUGUGCCGCCUCACAGUGCGACCAUGCCUCCUCCACGAACUCCUCGUGAGUUGCAACGGAAUUCAAUGGUUGAGUUGGGUCCUCUACAACAUGAAGGUAGCCCAAGAAGCGUAGAAGAAGUGCUCAGUGCAUUCCCAUAUUCCAACAAGAUUAAACUGCUUGGACGCAUAACGCCUCCGUACAAAGAACCGGGCUCCGCAAGCCCAUCGUGCCGGACCAAUCGCGGCGCCAUCAUCGCCGUCGAAGGUGACGAGAUAGCUGCAGUCAAGGAACUCUCAGAAUGGUUGAACGAGUACCUCAUUAAGCAGAAAGAGUACAAACCGCAGAUAGCCGAGCCACCUCAAGCUCCCAAUGACGAUAACAAAGAAGUCACGUUUGAGAACUAUCUCAACCUAAUUAAGGAGUGGCAUGGCAAGAGCAAGGAGAUGAUCAAGUACAUCAUUACGCCCAUUUCAUCCACACUCUCUUCCCCAAAGGACACCAUCGCGUCCUCAAACCCAUCCACCGUUGCUGUCACAUCAUCUACUCCAUCCCGGAAGGACUCGACCACACCACCCGACUCUCCCCUAAUGUCAACAAGCAUAAAACCCGUCAUCAUCCUCCCUACCUUUCAACUCCAAGCCUCGGUCGCAUACGCAUCCCGCAUUCCCAUUCAAGACGCUUACAGCCCGACAGACCACUGGCAGUGGAUGGCGACGCUUUGGCGGGGAACGGUAGGACCGGAUUUAACGCUUUAUGUGAGAGGGUACGAUCCGAAGGAGGGGCAGGUGGGAGCUAAACCUGAGAUGGAUGAUGGGGUUCGGUGUUUAACUGUGUGGAAGAGUAGGGAGGCUGGGGCGAAGUUUGCGGAGGCGGAUCUGAGGAGGGUGGGGUUCGAGGUUGGGGAGUGGAUGAAGGGUUGA